AUGGCGAUUAAAAAUGACGAAAAUUCCACGAAGAAGAAAGUUGGCCGAUGCGCUCUGAAAACACCUGUUCACGGUGAUUGUCAAGUGUGCGGUCAACCCGGCCAUGGAAGUCAUUUCGGAGUACUGGCCUGCAGAGCGUGUGCAGCAUUCUUCCGGCGAACCGUAGUAAUGAACAGGCAAUAUUCAUGCAGGAGAGCAAACGGUUCAUGUCAAAUUUCAAAGGAUGAACGAUAUCUUUGUAGGCUUUGCCGCUAUAAUAAGUGCAUAAUGCUUGGAAUGACGCCCGACAAUGUGCAAUGGAAUCGAGAUGUCUUAUCAACGACCGUGGAGGGCAGGAGACUAAAGAAAGCUCAGGCAAGUGAUGAAUACGAGCGGGACGACUACGAACCGCAAGGACUAGCAAACAGCCAAGCGAGGCUAGAUGGAAAUUUGAUGGAGGAACACAGCCUUUGCCCUUCUACAGCUGACUCAGCAGCACCGGAUCUGAAGCCUGCUGAUAAUGUCGUACCAAUUUCUACUGCAGAAUCGACCGCGACAUCUGGUUACAACAAUUAUCCAUUCCCGUUGAAGGAAACAGAACAGCAUCGUAUUCUGUUCGACAUUUCUCAUAUUAUGGAAAAGCUAAGAAAAAUACUAAUAGAAUUUCAACCGGAUGAGAGUCUUCCGAUCGAACCGCUGGAACGCAUGCGACUUGCGUUGCUGAGACAUCGCAGGUCACAAUUAACAGAGCCAUCCCUAAAGAUAUUGGACUCACUAUCCUUCGUAAAUUAUUUGACAUCGUGGGAAACACUCCUUUGUGGUAUAGCAGAAUGGUUGAUGCACUGCCGAGAGUUCGCUCAACUUCCCAUAGAAGAAAAGAUGGUACUGUUCAAGUCCUCGUGGAUCAUCUGGCACCGAUUUGAGCGAACAACCAUGUCAAUUGAACUGUUCGGAUGGAGAGCUGUGACCGAGAAGCUUUUCGCUGUCUCCUUCCGACAUGCAAUUAUGACUGACAAAGUUAAGUUCGACAUCGCUCCAUUGUCGGACCAUGAUCCAGAUUAUGUGAAAAGGAUGUUCGAACCUUUUUCUGGACGUUUAACUGAAGAGGUUACAAAAACUUGCCUUGAAGUCAACAUCACUCUCGUGGAAGUCGCCUAUAUUCUAUGCACUUUAGUAUGGCAUGUAGAAGGGAAAGGAGUCAGUCCAAGAACCCAAGCAGUCGCGGAACUCUACAGAGAUCGUAUCUCGGAUGAUUUACACAAUUACUACACUUUAACGAUGAAAACUUCAAACUAUGCUGGUCGCCUUAUUCGGAUUAUGUCCAUAAUACAGUGCAUCGAGAAUAUUCAUCACGAAAGGUCAAAAGUACUGGAGUUGGCUCGGAUCUUCGACAUAUUCAAAGUUGAGAUGUCGGAGAAGGGAAUGUUCGGUUGUUAG